GGUCUGAUGGGAACAGAGCGGCCGGGAGGUGACUGACGAGUCUGUCUCAGUCUGACACAGAUGUGUUCAAGCUGCUGACUCUGGGACCGGACGGGACUGCACCUUCCUUUACACACACACACACACACACACACACACACACACACNCACACACACACACACACACACACACACACACACACACACACACACACACACACACACAGAGGUGAGGGGGGGGGACCUCAGGAACCCCAGGGGCCCCCGAGGACCUGCAGCAGAAGGAGGCUGACAGAGUGGAAUUUCCCUCCUUCUUCCCUGAGCGGAGCCGUGGUGGAGGUGGUGGGGUGCAGAUGAGAGCCUGAGCAGAACUCAGGAAGGAGAGUGAGAGGAAGGGUGGGAGGAGGGCUGGAGAGGCAGAGGGCGACAGGCGAGGAGUGGACAGAAGAGGAGACAUGCUUCGCUACGGUCCAAGACGAACCGUUUCCACCACCACCACCACCACAGAGGACCCUGAAGACCCUUUAAGUGAGAGGAGGAUCAGACGUCUCAGGUUAACUCUACCUGCAGGGAAUAAUGGGAACAAGGAGCCAAAACCUGCAGACACACCUGCUGCAGAGAAAGAUGUCGGUGAAACGUGGAAGAAGAAGAACGGGCUGAUCCGCAGAGAGCGGCCGGCUGGCAGGGAGUCGCCUCAGCAGCACCUCCGAGACCCGACCAAUGGGGUGCCAGAGACCUCGCUGCAGCAGCAUGGGCCCAAAGUGUACGGUGUUGUGCAGCGGACGGGCUCAGACCGGCAGCAGCAGCUGAUGGCGCGAGAGUGGACGACCAGUCACCUUCAGGACGAGAUGAGGUACAUCAGGGAGGUGAGAGACUCCCUGGAGAAAGUGAGGGAACGGAUGUAUGGGCAGUUUGGAGGAAUGCAGCAAUCGAUGGAGAAGCUCUCACGGGAAAUCAGGGAGGCCAACUCCCACAGGAUGAGUUUAGAGUCAGAGGUGAAGACCAGGACGGCCGCCAUGGAGAGCUUYGACCAAAUGAACAGCUCUCUUAUAUCUGCAAACAUCAGCCUGCAGAAAUCCCUCUUGGAGAACUGCCAGAGCAGAGUGGACGCCAGAGACGAGGUGAAGAGUUUGAGGAGCAACUUUGAGAAAACGCAGGAGAAGCUCAGAGACAGGGAGCGUGAGCUCGCUGCAGCGCAGGCUGAAAACCAAACCCUGAAACUUCAGGUGGAGUCGACGCGGGAGGCCAACACCCGGGCGAUGCAGGAGCUGGCACAAAAACUCCAGCUGGAGCACGAAGAGGAGCUGCUUAAACAACAACAAAAACACAGAGAGGAGAUCGAAAACCUACAGGCCCAGCUCGAUGAGUACAUCAGGCGCCUGGAAGAGGCGGAGAGGACYAUCAGGAUUUCAGAAGCUAAGAUUGCAGAAAGAGACCAGCGGAUCUUAGAWGUGGAGCGUCUCCUGGACUGUAUGGGAAAGGAGAAGCUUCAGCUCCAGAAGAAGCUCCAGGAAAGUGAACAGCGACUCGGUCUGCUGAAGCUCUCAGACACGACUGAUGCAGCUGCAGAUAAAAGAUCCAAGCUGAAGAGGGAGACGGAAGAUCUCAAAGAGAGAAUCAAACAUCUGAACGACAUGGUUUUCUGCCAGCAGAGGAAAGUCAAAGGAAUGAUUGAGGAAGUUGAAUCUCUGCGCGCUCAAGUCGCCCAAAAGGACAUGUUCAUCUCGGAGCUUUUAGACAGAAUUGCGAUAGUGGAGUGCGAGAAUAAUGAGUUAGAAGACAAAGUGAAGUAUUUUAUGUCCACACAGAACAGGCCGCGRGUUGUGGACACGAGGGAGGUCGGCGUAGGCUGCGACCUGCUGCCCAGCCGUGGAGCUCACGUUGAACCUGUUCACCUUCAUUCCACGCACCUCCCGCCACCCUCUGACCCGCCUCUGUCACCGCCUCAGCCUUCAUCACCUAUCACUUCCUCCUCACCCACACAGUGGUCUUCAUCAGACGCCAUUCUGUCUCCAACACUACCCCCACCCCCAUCAUUCCCCUCAUAUCACCCAUCGCUUGACCCACUAACACCGCCCGUCCAGCCUCCUCUGUCCCCGCCUCAGCCUCCAUCACCAGUCACGCCUUCAUCGCCCACACAGUGGUCUUCAUCCGACGACACCUAUUCUCCAGCACCACCCCCAUCUCACCGCAGCCCUUAUCCAUCCUUCAGUCUAACACAACCACGGACGCUCAGACCCACUAACCCUCCACCCAGCAGGUUGGAGUCCAGCUUGCUGAAGUUCACUCCUGUUCAGUACAGCCGCUUGCGUCAGAACGGUUUGUCCUCUUACAGCCGGUCUGAGGACCAGCCGGUCCGGUCCGGAACGGACGAGGUGGACGCAGGAAGACRGUCCGCUCAACAGGAGCCCACUUCRACCACUUCCUCCUCCUCUUCUCAGUCAAAACCAGGACGACGACAGGUUUAUACGCCUUUCAUGAAACUCAUGGAGAUGACUGCCAAGAUCAACAUAGAGUGAAAUAAAAGUUUCACAACACGA